CGACUGGUCCAGAAAAUACGUAGAGAACAAAGUAUCCGACGGUUUCAUCACACAAAUUAUCGCCGACUUGGAACCGGCGACGAAAUACGCCAUUUACGUCCAAACCGACACCGUGGUGGACGCGGCCAUCGGAGCGAGGUCGAAUAUCAGCUACAUUACGACCUUGCCAUUUAACCCAAGCAAGCCCCCGAAUGUCAAAGUGACAGACAAGACAGACAGAUCCAUGACAGUGAUGUGGAGCACCCCGGUCUCGCCCAACGGAGAGAUCGACCAGUACAUCGUGACUGUGAAACUUCUGCCGUACUUAGACGAUUCUGCGCCUGCCUCUUGUUCGCAUGACGAAAAUAUACUGAGAGCGCCGAAACUGCCUAUUGGAGAGACGACUCGCCCCACGGAGGCCCCCAGCACCGAGUUCCCCCCCCGCAGCAAGUGGCAG